AUGCCGCAGUUUAAACUGAUUGUGGAAAAUCCAGAAAACCUCAUUGCACCUGGACUUCAAGUCAAAGCUUUUGUAGAAUAUUAUCCUGAGAUUGAAGAAGAUCUUCAAGAUAGUCUACCUCUUUUAAUAGAAGAAGACAGAGUUGACAUCCCCCUGGUUGGGUUAAUUCCAUCCUGUUAUCUGGAAACUGAGCCAGAGAUUGAUUUUGGUACAGUGGUUGCAAGCAGUAAAGUAAUUAGUAAAGAGAUUAGUAUUGUUAACCAUGGAUCAUUGUCAGGUACAUUUAAAAUAUCAUAUACCGGGGAUAUUCUGCUUGACAUAGAACCUACCAGUGGAGUGGUAGAGGCCAAAUCUUUCAAUGUGGUUAAAGUGCAUAUUUGUACAGAUGUACCAAGAAUCAUCAAAGAAAUGAUAAAAGUGGAGAUGGAAGGAUGUAGCUCUACGGAAGUAUGGGUCAAAGCUGUUGUUGUGGAACAAGUUCUUAAAGUUCUAGGACUGCCUUCUGGAAAUGUAUUGGAAUGCAUUAAUUUUGGAUCGGUUUAUUUUGGGUCUUCAAAGACUAAACAAAUAUCUUUACACAAUGAUAGUCCUGAGUGUAUGGACUGGGUAGCAGUACUGGAAGACAAUGCUGUUGGAGGGGAGAUGGGAACAGAUCUACAGAAGAGUGCAGACGCUGUUUUACAAGAUUUAAGCUUAAUAAACAAAACAAGAGAUUUAGAUGUUUCCACCUUGAUCUGGUGCAUUCCUGAUCAGGGAACCUUGCCAGCUUAUCAAAAGUCCAUGGUUACACUGUGCUUUUGUCCAAAGAAAUUUAAAGGGGCCUUUGUUGCGAAUGAUUCACCACCAAAACAAGAUUAUCUAUUGUUUCUGAGAUUUGAGGCUGCUGGUAAUAAAGAUCUGCAGACCCCCAGUGAUGGUACCAUACCAAGUACAAAGAAUCGUCCUAAUAGCACAGAAUUGGCUGUGAGAGGUUCUGCUGUUCCUGUCAUGUUAACUUUUAAUCGAGGACCUGUAAUUAAGUUUAUGGACUGUUUCUUGGGUGAACAAACACAAGUUUUGUGCACACUAAAAAAUGAAUCUGAGUCCCUUCCAGUAAAAUUCAGUUUCCGCAAGACUGCUCACUUUAAUAUUUCUCCUGAAAAAGGAAAAAUAAAAAAAAGUUCUACUAAGGAUUUGAUAUUUUCAUUUUCUCCACAUCAGAUUGGAAUAUUUGAAGUGAAGCAGGUUAUUGACAUAAUUGGUAGACAACUAGAGAAAAAGAAUUUACAACUUCCAAAGACAAAAUCUAUUCACCAAAUAUAUUUGAACUUUUUUGGUGUGUGCAAAUCUAAACCAAAAGCUAUUUUAUUCAGAAUUAAUCCCGGUAUAACACCAAUGAUUACCAAUGCAACUGGACGGUUUGUAGCUGAUGACACGGGACUGUGCACUGACAUUGCACCUAUGGCAAUACUUAAAUCAACCAAAACACAAAUUCAUACUCAUCAAAUAAACAGGAAUUGUAAGGGGGAUGCACUUAUAGCUUUUCCUAAUGACCGCUCAACCAGCAUUAGACCUAGUGAACGAAAUAAAAAGUACAGGACUAUUUUUACGAAGACUGAGAGAUAUAAUUAUAUAGAUCCAGAAUUUUCUUAUACUGACUAUGAACUGCUGUCAAAGGAAGUACAUAAGGAAUACUAUGCAGAUUUCAUUUCUAGUUUAAGGCAGCAUCGCUUACAGAAAGGUGCCACCAGGCAGUUUUAUAUUUAUAAUAAUUCUGUGAGCAUGGAUUUUAGACCAGCAGAAGAGAUUAUGUCACCAAAGAUCUCAGUUGCAAAUUUUCCCAAGGAGAAGCUACAGUUGAAAAUGCUUUCUUCAGAUGAGAAUUGCCUACUAACUAGUCAAAAAUUGGCAGCAAGUGCUUCAAUCAAGGAAAUUUGGAGUGGGCUUAAUUCUGUGCCUUCUUCUACUCAAGAAAAGGAUGACUGUAAUCUAACUUUGACACCCAAACAGCUUCAUCAAAUACUAGUUGGUCCUUCUACCAUGAACUUUGGUGAUGUUUGUGUGUGCUCUACAACUGUCAGAAAACUGCAUAUCAUCAAUAACUUGUUAGUUCAUAUAUGGAUACAAAUUGAGAUUGAAAUUGAUGAAUUGGAAGUGUUGAGUCCAUUGUGUCAGGUGGUGCCUCCUCUUACGAAGACCUCUAUUCCAGUAGAAUUUGAGGCAAAAUUUUGUGGAAUGUUUAAAAAAUCUUUCACUUACACGAUAAACAACAAACAUGCUGGGCAUGUGCUGGUUAUUGCAAACGUAGUGCCUGUUGAACUUCAUCUAUCUGCAAGAGAACUGAUUUUAAACCCAAUUCCUGGCUACCUGGCAGAGACAGAAUUUAGAACAACAGUCAGAGUAUGCAAUCCUGGAAACUGUUCUGCUGAAUUUACUUGGAAACCUAUAACUGCACAAAAAGGAACUGCAUUUUCUAUACAGCCAACCACAGGUAUACUAUACAAUUACAAUAUGAUCUCUUUUGGAGAUCCCCCUCUGGAGUUUUUCAGCAAGCCCAGGAUGGGGGAACGAUUUUAUUUUGGUGGUGUUUAUGUUGGUUCUACAAAAUCAAUUCCAUUUUUACUGCAGAAUGAAGGACAAUCAUGUACCAAAGUGGUAUUUGAUUUUUUUAAAUAUAAGGAUUUUAAACUUGAUGCUAACAACCAGACAGACGUUGACAGUGGUUCUUCAAAGCCUCAUUUGCAUUCAGUUACUUUACAGGGAAAGUCAUCUCUGCAGUGCUCAUUAUCCUUCACACCAAAAGAGGUGGCGGCAUAUAACUUCAUUCUGCCAGUUAACACUCGUUGGUAUGACCUUCCAUUGCUACAGCAACACUAUGCACCUGCAACUUCUGUUGGAUCUGUAAAGCAUGUCAUUGCUCCACAACCACGGAGGGUGACCGUGGCUAUUCCAAUCUGUAGAGUUAAAGCAGUUGUACUUAAGUCACCACUGGAGUUGUCCUCAAUGGAACUUGUAUUUACACGACAUUCAAGUGGUAUGCGUUCGAAUAUUUCUGAAAGUCUGGAUUCUCAGAAACUUGACCUGAAGAAUAUCUCAAAGCAACAGUUGACAUGGAAGUUGAGUUGUGAUGAUGCAGGCGAAAGUGUAGAAGACAGUGUUUUUAAAUUUAGUCAGCAGAGAGGAUUUCUUGAUCCGGGACAAAAAAUCAGUAUUGCUGUGUUCUUCUGCUCUUCUUGUCCUGGGACAUAUACAUCUGAAAUGUCAGUGUGUGUAAAUGAUAAUCCCUCACAUUACAUAACAUUGUCUGGUACUGUCAAGUCACCAAAAAUACAUUUUGAUCCUCCCCUCCUAAUGCUGAUGCCAGUUCCUCUGGAUGUGAAAACUGAAAUGGCCAUCAAAAUUAUUCCGCAAGAUUAUUUAAGGAAAUCACGAAUUCGGGUUGAACUUCCAGAGCUUGAACUUGAAGAUGGUGACAGGAUUUCCCCUUUUUCUAUACGGUUCCCAGAAGGACAAGAUAUUGUUCUUUCGUCAGAUGGCACAAAUAUGGAAUUAAUUUGUCACAUCAGCUUUAAAUCAUCUACUCCAGUGUCAUUUUCAGGGAAUAUAUUCUUCAUUGAUAAAGAUGAAAACAGGUUUUCACUUCAGGUUGCUGCAACAGCAGAGAAUUGCCUUCUUACUAUACACUCGUAUUUGGCUUUGCAUUGCUCUGAACGACAGAUUUCUUUGAUAAGCAAUAAAGACUGCAGUAGUGGAGAAGUUGUUCUGCAUCCGUUUUAUUCUCCACAAUCGCUUUCCUGUAGUAGUUCCUCAAAUUCCUUUGGUCCAACUGCUAAAACAUAUGAUUCCUGUUCAGAGUCAGAUAUUACUCUUGAAAGGGACGAAAGUGCUGAGAAGAUGAGAGAAGAUAGUGAAGCUGACAGUCAAAGUGAUGGGAGAGAAAAUGAAUCUGAAUUAUCAUUUUUUCCUAAUGAGAACAAAGAAGAGUUCAUCUUUCAGAAAACUGUAACUGCCGUUCAGAGUUGGUUCACUCUCUUUGGUUGGUCUAAAGGACCAAAUCCUGUUUCAAUACCGCAUUCACUAAGACGUGAUGUCUGUAAAGUCGAAAUGACUUCUUCCCUAGAAAAGGUUUUUCAACAAAAUCUUGAGAAAGAUACUAUUUACGACAUGUUGUUCCACCUGAGCGGACAGUUGUUACCAGGCAUUACAUUGAACCGAUCGUUGCCUCUUGAUCCGGUUGAACGAAUGAUACAUCUCUACUGGCAGCAUUCUACAUUGCUUACCUUCCUUAAAAGUCGAGGAGCAAGUCUUCCCCAUGUUAUGCCAGAAUACCUGUUUGAACCUGAUGAUUAUAAGAAGUGGACUAAAAUGCAAGCUGAGCUGCAGGCUCAUGCAGCUAACUUGAAAAAAGGAGAUAAGAAAAACUUAGUUAUGUUUAGCAACAAACAACUGUUAAUUCUGGAGGACAGUGUAUUUGAGAUGAUCAGCAAACAAGCUUGGACAGACGUGUUAUUGCAGGUGUACAAGGUGUUUGUUCUACCACGUGUUUCUUCACAUAAUACUGCUGAUGUGAUCAACUUGGAAAACAUGCAGAAUGUGCCAAGAAUAAACUCAGAACUUUUAUCCAGUAAUAUAUAUUCUCCAUACGAACGAAUCAUCCUCACUUGGUUGAAUAAAAAUUAUGAGAAUAAUCGAAAAACUGUGUGGAAAGAUGGUCAAAAAGGUAAAAUACCACUGAUGAGAUGGAUAGUAAAUUUUGACCGGGAUCUUCUAGAUGGUCUGGUAUUGGCAGCACAGAUGGCAGCUUACUGUCCGUUCUUGAUUGCUUCUCACUUUGUAAGGAUGUAUACUUAUCCAAGGACUCCUGCACAUUUUCUGCACAACUGUUUGAUACUUGUGAAUGCUAUGCAUGCAGUCAGCCUGACUAUAAACAUAAAGGCCACAGAUAUCUGUGAUCCAAACCCAAUCAUGAUGCUUAUUCUGUGUGUCUACCUAUAUGAAAACCUCCCUCACUACUUACCUAAGAAGACUGUAGGAUUUACAGGUGCUCUCAUUCGUCUGAAAAACCCGAGCAUUAAAACUUUGGCAUACACCGCUACUCUUGUAGGAAGAGAUGCUGAUAAUUUCUUAUUGCCUGAAGGAAACACUGUAAUAAUUGCCCCUAAGAGUCAAACAACUAUAAAUGUGGAAUUCACUUGUCGUUUUCUACAUCCUGCUGAAGCAGUGUUGCUACUGAUCUCAAAGAGAUUGGGUGGAAUAGGUGGUGCCACACUUACAUUCUCCCUGAAAUCUGAAGUCAAGCAUAUUGAACCUGCUGAUACAUUAAAAUGCAAAUCUCCAUGUUAUGAGAUGAAGAAAGUUGUCCUAAAUGUUACUAAUCCCUUCAGAACUGAUGGCAUAUUCAGGGUCAUUUUCCUGGAAUCCACAAGUUACUUAAGUCAGCCAGAACAAGUACAUCAAGCCAGGCAAUUAAAACAGGAGCAAACAUUCAGUUCUGAAAAUAAUGUGCUAAACUGUGAAAACAGGACACUGCCCAAAGAGCCAAAUGAAGUCAGAAACUUUAAUUGCUCUGUCCAGUCCAGCCUCCUGCCUGAGUUCUUCAUUCCCCAGGAAAAACUGUUCUUGGCAGGGAGAAGUUCUGCAGCCCUAGAGAUUCACUUUCUUCCAUUUAAUCUGGAAAAACGUUAUUGCACUGUCAUUCUGGCUAAUGAAAUGAUUGGAGAAUUUGUAUAUCUUGUAGAAGGAGCAGGUGACAUACCUUUGCCUUCAGAACUGCUUCCAAUGGAUAGUCCAAAUGUUUUGCAUGUUAGCAGUACAUUAGAAGAUCCAAGUGCAGUAGAGCCAAUUUUAUAUUUGAAAUGUAGACUUGGACAGACUCUCGAGGAAAAACUCAGGAUUCCACUGAUCAAUGAAUCAAGAGAAAGAGCUCUGGCUAUUGCUGCUCAACAGCAGAUGUCAACUAUUGAAUAUAAAAGAAGAAAGAUCACAGGAACUCUGGAUAGCAGUAGUGUCAGAGCUGCAACAGCAUUGCUAGGGCUGUCCAGAAUAGAGAGAUAUGAACUCUUAAAACCACGUCAAUCCCCUCCAGAGUUGAAGUACAUGGAUUAUAGUAUACAAGUGAGCAUGCAAGAAUUCUUUGUGGUUCCUGAGAAGCUCUCUAUUCCCAUGUUGGCAUCUAGCAGAGUUAAUUUGAAAGGUCCUUCAGAAAAAGUGGUUUUGCCUGAGAAAAUAGACAGAACUGAUGCAGUUGAGCUUCCUAUAAAAUUCAUUCCUCCGGGUCCUGGUUGCUACCACUGUCAGAUUCUCCUGAAGUCCUCACGAGAUUUUCGUGUCUAUGUGAUUAAAUGUGUAGUGAAUACAGAUGAUGUUGAAGCAGAGAUUGAAUUUCUAACUCCAGCUUACCAGGCAGUGAUUCAGAAUAUUCCAAUAAGAAACAUGUCUAGCCAGGACUGGAAACUUGAAGCAGUUUUGGAAGGACAGGGCUUUUCUGGCCCUCCUUCAAUAAAUGUGGGUCUAGGUGAAAUAGCUCUGUAUCCUCUCAUGUUCAAGCCAAUUGCUGAGUGCUUAACAAUGGGAAGACUUAUUCUUCAAAAUACUACAGGUGGCAUUGAAAGCAUCUUUAACCUUAAGGGAAUUGGGAAGAAACCUCUGGCACAGGAUCAUAUUGUAAUAGAUUGCCAAGUGAGACAAGUUGCUCAACAACUACUGUGGGUGCCCAAUUAUACCAAGAACAGGUUAACAUACAAGGUAUCUUCAAAUCUUUCAAUGGUGGAUGGUGCAUCGGUUCUUACUGUGGAUCCAGAUGACAUAGUUCCUUACAGUUUGAGUGUAUCUCCAAGGAGGCGAGGAGUCUUUCAAGGAGGAAGUUCUUCAAAUUGCAAAGUGUGGUUUUCCUUAAAGAUUAACAGCAUACCUGCAGCACCUGAAAGGAAGAUAGAUGUGAAAUGCAGAGCUCUGGAAACUGUUGGAAUUCAUAUUCCUAUCACUAAUCCUGCAGAUGAAGUUCUUGAGCUGAAUGUAGUGCUGGAGAGUCAGUCUCUUUCUGGACAAAAAACUUUCACACUUUUGCCAAAACAAUUACAUUUUUAUCAAGUAGAGUUUUCCACAGCUGUUGUUGGCACUUCACAUGAAAGUGUCAUAUUCCAAUCAGAUGUGGUUGGAGAGUUUUGGUAUGCAUUGAAGUUGACUGUAGAGAAACCAUUACCAACUGAUCUACCUGAGAUAGUAUGUGAACUUGGAAAGUGGGUUCAUCUCUACAUACCUCUCUUUAAUCCUACACAUGAAACUCUGAAACUAGAAAUUGCUAACAGCAAUCCUAGCAAUUUUUCAACUGAGAUUGAUCCAAAGCAUCAUAUAAUUGUUGCUCCUCAUUCCACCACUGAAGUACCCGUGCAAUUCUGUCCAUCUGCCCUAGGAAGCGGAAAUCACAAGGCAUCAAUAACCUUCAAAUGUUCUCAGAUUAAAGAAUGGAUUUUUUACCUUUUGGGGAUUGGUCUUCCACCUCAGUUGAUGGAACCAACUACCAUAAGUGCAUACGUUGGCCAGGGUUCUUCUGUCAUCAUAACCUUCAAAAAUCCAACUUCUGAAAAUGUGUUAGUAGAUGUCAUGCUAAAAGAUCAGGAGCAGUGCAGGUGUUAUCUCAGUGCAUCUGUUCUUUCUGAGUCAACCAGUAAGGAAUCUGCUUUCCAUCUCUUACUCAAAAAUACACGAGGAAACCGGUUAGCUCCAAAAGAAAAACUGAGCAUCCCAGUGUUAUUCAUGCCAGAUACAAUGAUAAUGUAUGAGGCUGUGAUGGUAAUUCAUGUAAUGAGGGAAAAUGGUGAGAACUGGCCUUAUGAGGAUUCUGCUGAAUUAAAUAAAGACUUAAAGAGCGUUACUGUAUCAGAGGAUGGGGGUAUUCAGGGAAUACUCUGGACCUAUCCAAUUCAUGGAAUACCUGAAGCGCCACAUCAGAAAUUAGUGCCAGCUGUGGUACGUUGUCGAGCCAGGGAGAGAGUAGAAAAAAAAGUUGAAGUGCUGCUAACUGGUGGCGUUCCUGAUGCAACUGCCAUGUCUACCACAAGAAAUUCUGAAAAGGUCAAUGGAAAUAAACCAUCCAACAUCCAAGAAGUUGCUCAAGACACUGAUGGUUUCUCUGCAGCAGAGCAAUUUCUGUAUGAAUUACAGUAUCAAUCAAAUGAAAUUAAAUCUCAGCUUGAACCUUUAGUUGGUAUGCAUCUGAUUCAAAGGGAACAGGAUACAGAAUCUGGAAUUAUAACACUGAUCUUCAAUAUAGUAUUUGCACCUAACAAACCAAUGAGGAAUGAAGGAACUUUAGUAGUACAGUGCACUACAAGAGGUAUCUGGAAGUUUCCAUUGCUGUUUAUUGCUACAGAGCCAGAAGUGGAUGAUGUCAUCAACAUUGAAGCAAUUGGCCUAAAUAAGGAAUCUGUUGUUGACUUUAAGCUUACAAGCCAAACAAGGUACCCUGAGCCAUUCACAGCAUACUUCCUGGCAGGCAGUGAUCCUGACUUUGUUGUACUGCCACAAGCUGGAGAACUUCUUCCAGUGGGCACUGUUGGAACUCAUAUAACAGUGGGAUUCAAGCCAAGAAUGUAUGGCAAGAAGCAUAAAGCAAUACUUGUAAUUCAGACACAGUCAAUGCAGUGGACAUAUGAAAUCAAUGGACUGCUUCCACAGACUGCACCACCUACAAGCCCAGCAAAAGUAGUUUCUACCAACAGUUACAUAAGAUCAGCAACAGUUCGACAGCGCAAUUUUGUACGUGAAAAUCUGAAGCUUACAACCACGGGGGUAUCCUCACCUAUCAAGGGAGCACCUUUAAUCCUGAAAAAAAAAUAGAGAAAGUUGAGCUGUGAUUUUUUUUUUUUUUCUUCUUUGUUCAUUUUAUGGGGAAGGGGGGGAUGAAGUAGAUGCCUUUGUCAAAUGAACAUCCACCAGUGACUUUAUAUGGGUGUUCAGGCUUUCUUUGCUCCUAACGUACUGUUAGAUCUAUGCUGUCAUGCCUUAUAAGAUCACUGGAUGGAUAACGCCUACCUUCUUUUUUCACUGGAAUUGUUUUUGCUGGCUUCGCUAACAGAAUGUAAAUUUUAUUUGUGCCUUUGUUUUGAUAGUGGAGUGUACUUCAACAAAAUCAAAAACAAAAACAAAAACCAAUGGCUUAGCACAGAGUAAGUGCUUUCUUGGCACAAAUACAGAAUGAUCAUCACUGCUCAGGAAUGGGGAGCCUGAGAAUAACCUAUGUAGGUUGGUGUGAAUGAGUACCAAUAAAACCAUUUUACCACCGCAUGCUUGAGGAUUUUGUUUUUGCCACACAUUUUAGAGAGCUAUUAGAGAAAACGUUGGAAACAUAUAAAACAGUGAUAGCACUCUUUAAUCUCCCAUUUUAAGUGCAGUGUGCUCUGUUUUGAUCAGAAGCCAGGUAAUCUCAAGAAUAAAAUUUCCCUUUCAAAUACAGUAUGCAGCACAGGAAAGGCACUGCCAAUAAUGAUAUCUGGUAUGUUUCUAAAAAAGAAUAAGAAAAUCUUACAAUUCAGUUAUAUGCUACUGGGAACACAAAUAUAGCAAGAUUUCUUAGGAAUGCUCUAUCUAUCUAUAUGUAAUUGAAGGAAGUGUUCCUAUAACUGUAAGAAAUCAGAUUCUACAGUUCAGGAAUAUGCAAUGGUCUCACAACUGAUUAUGGUAUUCAGGAAGAAUUUCAGUGACAAUUUUUCUUUGUCAAAGCUUUGUUUUCCUGGUUUUGCUUUCAAAUGGUUUUACUUUCCCAUUUAAAAUGACGCCUGUUUGCAGCACACCCAAAUGAGAUGAAUUAGCAGGUGGCAUAUAAAUCAAUCACUCCACAGUUAAGUGUUGCUCACUUCAGAAAUUUUAUUUCACAAUUAGCUUGCCCACAUCUGCUGUUGCAUCUAGUAGAUUUCCAAAUUUGGUCAUACAUUCCAACGUUAAAAAAAUCCAUAGAAAAAUGUUUAUUUGAUUACAUCUGGAAUGCAUUUUCAAAGGUGAAGUUUAAUCAUAUUGUCUACCUCAAGAGGGAAACGUCAUCUGUUACUUCUAAACCAGAUUACAGACUUUUCCAGUAUAUACAAGGCCACUCAGGAUUUAUGCAAGAUAUGUCAUCUGCAUCUGUACCUUUUUUCAAUAAAUGAAUUACAUCAUCUUAUUUUUCCAGAGUUUGAACUGAAAAUAUUUUUUCAGGUAUCAUGAACAUACAUGAAUGAUGUAUGAUUUGAAUGGGGACCAUUAUAUCUGUGUGCUUCUAACUUCUACACUGUUUUACAUAUUCUCCACAUACUUUUAUGGAUUCC